ACUACCUUGCCGGCAGAGAUAUGCAAGCUCCAUAACCUUAAAUCGAUUGGAGCUAAUGAGAACAAUAUAUCUACUCUCCCAGAGGAAAUGAAACACCUGAAAAAGCUUGAAAUCCUGGAUUUGAGGCACAAUAAGCUUGGUCCUGAGAUUCCGUCCGCAGUAUUUCAGCUUAAAUCGUUGAAAAAACUCUUUCUGAACUUCAACAAAUUGUCUGUCAUCAACUCAGAUAUUUCGAACCUGACAGAGUUACGCUCCCUUCUGCUGAGUGAGAACAAAAUAACCGAGCUGCCUGCAAGCAUAGGGGAACUCAAAAACCUUGACCUGUUAGAUUUAGCCAAAAACAAUCUCACAGUCUUACCUGACGAAAUUUGCAAGUGCACAAACAUAUCUCAGAUUGUGUGUAAGUACAAUAAGCUUGAGACUGUGCCCGUGAACAUUGGUGAUUUGACUAAACUGAUUCGUGUGAAUUUUUGUGGGAAUCGGUUAACGAGUCUUCCUGAUUCUAUUUGUUCGUGUGUUUCUAUCAACGAUCUUGUCAUCAAUGAGAACCGACUGAGUUACAUUCCCAACAACCUGUUAUUGUGCCUUCCUCUUGUUGAAAACUUCAAUAUUUCUCGGAAUGAGUUUACCAACAUACCAUAUAGCUCGCCAGACUGUUUUCAGAACAUUAAAACAAUUAACCUUGAGGGAAACAAAAUUAGAAUGAUCCCACAUGGAAUCUUCUCGAAAGCGGAGCGACUUGUGAAACUGAAUGUUAGUAAUUUGUCCCUGCAAGGACUGCCGUUUGAUAUGAGCAAGUGGUCCACCCUAGUGGAGUUGAAUCUGUCCAACAAUAACCUCACUGUGUUACCGGAUGAUAUUUCCUACCUGACGGAGCUUGAGCAGCUUAACCUUAAUUUUAACCAGCUUGAGACUCUGCCUCCAGAAAUUGGGGCUCUGAGAAAACUGAGGACUCUCGAUGCAGAGAGUAACCAACUGCGGUCACUGCCCAUUGAGAUCGAGUUCCUGGCAGAACUGGAAAAGUUGAACUUGCAGGGCAAUCUACUGACGGGGGUUCAUCGACAAAUAGGGUUCAUGGAAAAGGUUUGGGAUCUGAACAUUAGUGAAAACCAUCUCCGAACAAUCCCUGGUGAGAUCGGGAACAUGCGGAGCCUACAGCGACUAAACAUCAACAGCAACAACCUACUUAACAUGAUCCCUGUAGAGCUGACACGGUGCCAUCUCCUCAACUACCUUAAAUUUGGAAAUGCCCCUACUUUAACGAAAUACCGUCUGCAGUAAUUCUGGGAGGUCCCAGGAGGUUCUCACGUACCUCACCAAUAUUAGUCCAUAUCAUUGAACUUCCUCAGUUUGGGU